GAUCGAUUUGCACAUUGACGAUGACAGUUUUGACUUCGGGGAUGUGUCGAAAGACGACAAAGACUUGCUCCAGGUGCUGAAGAAGAAUUGCAAGCACACAGUGGACACCUUCGGUGGCGACGUAGACAAGGUGUACUUCUACGGCGACCGAGACUGCACAGACGAGCUCCGGAAACUGGACGACUUCGAUGGCGAUAAGUUAGCGGACGGCUUCGGACGCUUCCAAAAUGGUCGUUUUAAGUCCGAUUUGUGUCGUCUGGCGCAGCUGUACAAGUACGGAG